AUCACGUGACCAAAUGCAUUGCGGAGUCGAGAAGUAAACAUGGCUGAGGGCUGAAGCGUGAAACUCUUCCAUCGCUUGUGGGUCUACUGCCUUAAAACGAAAGCCAAAGAAGAACUGUCUGUGUAAAACGAACAUGUUAAAGAACAAUGAUGUGACGGAUAGAUAACUUUGCUCAUGUUUUAAUCAAUUCAGCAAGUUUGGGGAAGUGAAUUUUCUUGACAACCAUUUUACGAAUCUAUUCUCUUGUUCUGCAUCUUUGAGAUAACAUGGGUAGCGGGGCAUCUAGGGAGAAUGACGGAACAGCAGAUGCCAUGAGCCCGAGAGUGCAGGGUCUGAAAGGAGAAGAGCUAAUGCUGGAUUCUCCAGCCCUACUGGAUCUUGGCCAUGGUACUAUCCGAUAUCGUCUUCCUGAUGAGAAAAAUUACCCAAAUCAACAAGACACCAAGAAAAAGACUGGUUACUUUUACCAUCCAAGAUUAGAUGAUUUCAGUGAAGAUGCUGAAAUUUCCCCAGAGGAGCGAUUCAAGCUAUACUAUGUCUUCAAGGGGCCUAAAAAGGAUGGCAAAAAUAAGAAGUUGUAUUAUGUGUACGCUACUAGCAUCAAUGCCAAGGAUGAGGGCUUGAAGCAGGAAGAGUACAGACCCCAGGGAAAAGGUUACAACUGGCCUGAGUCGUACAGAAAGGCUAACAACCUGUAUUACGAUCUAACAUUUAUUGAACAAGCUGAAGAGGAGUUCUCUGAUAGUGACAGUCUAAGUGAGGACACAACCUCCAUUAGGACCACCACGCCCAGUACUACCCCAGACAACAAAGAGCAUAUCAGAUUGGUGGUUACCAACUCUGAGACAGUGGAGUCCCUGAAGAAACGUGUGGGUCUUCGGCUACUUAUCCCCCCUGUCAACGUACAUAUUCUACAAAAAAGAACCAUUGAGCUUAGGAAUGAAGAUGUCAUUGGUGACCUGCGUACCCCAGAACAGGGAACAUGGAGGAAGUUCGCUGUCAACUUACACCUCUCCUAACUGAACAUUUUGUAUUUAUUUUUGUAUUUUUUAGUUAUUUAUAUCAAGUCAGACGUGAAGAAUGAUACAUGAAAAGCAAAAACUACAAGGGAUAAAAUACCCAGCCAGAUUGGUUGAUAGAGUUGCAAUAGAAAUGUAGUUUGAAAUUUUUUUACGUAUUUAUGCACUUGUACACAUUUUAUAUUAAAGUAACAUAACUGCCAACUCCAGAUUUUAAACCUUUUCUAAAGCAUAAUUUUCUUGAAAAUAUCCAUACAUUUACUGUUUUCUCCCACAUUAGCUAUAUUGGCACUUCUGAUACACUCACCAUAUUUUCUCAAGAAGUGAGGUUGACAGCUAUAAAGUAAAAUGAAUGUGAAAAGGUCUGGAUCUUGUUCCAAUAAAUAAACACGAAGAAUAAA